CAGCAUCAGUCAGCAGGGAGAGCAUCUUGAAGGACUGGAGGAGGUUGAUGUCACCAAGAUGCCAGUGACUGGUGUCCCUGUGAAGAGUGAAGGUGAUGAGGUCAAAGGUGAGAGUGAGGAGAAGAGAGAGGCGGAGCCUCCAAGCAGCAGCUCAACUCAACACAUGACAACAGAAGCUGAUGGAGACCACUGUGGAGGAUCACAAGCAGACAAGCUCUUAGCUCCACUAUCAGAUAGUGAGGACACAACGUCACACUCUCCUGACACUGAUGAUGAAGACUCUAAAGAUGAUAAGACAUGUCACACUGACAACACACACUUCACAUGUUCUCUCUGUGACAAAACUUUUAAAUCUAGUAAUUUGAAAAGACACAUGAGAACACACACUGGAGAAAAACUUUUUUCAUGUUCAAUCUGCGGUAAAGAUUUUAAUCAAAGGGGCCAUUUGAAAAUACACAUGAGAACACACACUGGAGAAAAACCUUUUACCUGCUCAGAAUGUGGUAAAAGUUUUGCAGUAAGUCAAAGUUUAAAAGCACACAUGAGAACACACACUGGAGAAAAACCUUUUUCAUGUUCAAUCUGUGGUAAAGAUUUUAAUCAAAGGGAUCCUUUGAAAAUACACAUGAGAACACACACUGGAGAAAAACCUUUUUCCUGCUCAGAAUGUGGUAAAAGUUUUGGAACAAAUUAUAAUUUAAAAGUACACAUGAGAUCACACACUGGAGAAAAACCUUUUUCAUGUUCAAUCUGCGGUAAAGAUUUUACUCAAAAGCAGCAUUUCAAAGCACACAUGAGAAUACACCCUGGAGGGAAACCUUUUUCAUGUUCAAUCUGUGGUAAAGAUUUUAAUCAAAGGGAUCCUUUGAAAAGACACAUGAGAACACACACUGGAGAAAAACCUUUUUCCUGCUCAGAAUGUGGUAAAAGUUUUGGAACAAAUUAUAAUUUAAAAGUACACAUGAGAACACACAGUGGAGAAAAACCUUUUUCAUGUUCAAUCUGCGGUAAAGAUUUUACUCAAAAGCAGCAUUUCAAAGCACACAUGAGAAUACACCCUGGAGGAAAACCUUUUUCCUGGUUCAAACACUGAUGACAUUUAUUAAUCAGACAAGAAGCAAGGAAUCAUGCAGAGACAGAUUUCAAUUUAGCUCAUGAGGAGAACGCAUGGAGCCGCACACUUAGUCACAGUCUCGCCCUACGCUCUAAGUUUCAGCUCCCGCGUCCCUCUAUUUAUUCAGGAGUUCCACAGUCAACAUCACUAAGACCGUCUCUAAAAGGAGUGGUCACAUAUAUUAUGCAAAGCAGGUCCAGUACGCACAAUACGUGACGGAAUGUGCUGGGGCCUUGUGAUUUCGCCUUCUCUUCGUCUGCGUGUUGUCAUCUUAUAUUCGUUGAGGUCCUUGAAGUCUCUGCUUCGUCUGCGUGCUGUCGUCUUAUCUUUGUUGAGGUCCUUGAAGUCCUUGGCUGUUAGCAGGUUAAAACAAAGAUAACAUCUGCGGAUGAGGCCACCCUUCAGACAAGGAGUUUUGUCCUUGUACAGAUACAAAAGUCUAACUUGAGCACAAUAGCUAAUAACUAAAGCAACAGACCCCGACUUAAACAAGUUGAACAACUUAUUUGGGUGUUACCAUUUGGUGGUCAAUUGUACGGAAUAUG